AUGGCGGACCAGUGGUUCCACCGAAAUCCCUUGAAGGCCACUUCUACUUUGAAAUUCGAUAACGCAAAGAGAGUUUGCAAGAAUAAUGAUGCUUUUAAGCUAUUUGAAAAAACCAACGAAGAAAGAAAAAACCUACUCAAUAUCCUCAAAAAUCCACAAAAUGAUAUGAAACUUAUCGAAACAUCCUGGCAAAAAUAUUUUGCACUAUAUCUAGGCUUUGUUUUCAAUGCCCACAAACCUGGACAAGACAGUCCUUUGCGAAAUUUAGUACCAGUCCAUUGGACUCAAUCGUUGACUGGUAGAAUAACAGUUAAUACCUCUGACGGAAUCUUUGAGCUAGCAUCAAUGCUAAUCAAUGUAGCUAUUUGGCACAUGAAACGCGCUUCAUGUUUAGCGGAAUCAGGGAGCCUAACUAUGGAUGAUGCCAAAGACAUUCAUAAAUCACUUCGUAUAGCUGCUGGAUUAUUUCAGUUUGUAAAGGAAAACUAUGCAGCUUCUUUAACUUCGAUCACUGGAUCUUGUAAAGAUACCGAACAGCAAAUAUUAGAAGCAUAUUAUACGCAGUGUAUUUCAGAAGCUGAAGAAGUUACCGUUGCUAGAGCUAUAGAACUAAAGCACCAGGCGUCUGUCGUUGGUGGCUUAUCUUAUGAAACUUCCAAGCACUUUCAAGCUGCUGCAACUUUAUUAUCAUCUGUAAAUGUAAAUUAUGCGGGCAAAUGGAAGAAAUACUUAGUUUUGAAAUCCGUUUUUUAUAAAGCAUGCGCCUACGGGUGUUAUUCAGAAGUUUUAUUACAAAAAGAUAAAUGCGGUGAAGCAGUCAAGUUUGGACAAGAGGCUUUGCAGUUAUAUAACAGUAUUGAAAGUGCCUGCAGAGAGUAUCUGCGUUUUAAAGGCGAAGGUAAAGCUGCCAGAGUUAUUGAUCACCAAUUUUUUAGAAAAGUUGGAACAAUGAUCAAGCGUAAUCUGGAUAAAGCUAACAGAGAAAAUGGCUUUAUAUAUCAUCAUAGAGUGCCUGCAGAAUUGCCUCAACUCGAUUUAGAAGCAAAGUACGGAAUCGUACAACCUGAAAGUAUUACUAUGCCGCCUGCUGAUGAAGGAUGGACAGAACAAAUUUAUGCUUCGAUUGAUGCCCACGCCUAUGCUACAACGGUACUGCUGAUAUCAACUAUCUAUAAUAUUUUAAGAUCAUCUAUACUUACCUAG